GGUUUGUUGUCGAAUGGCGACUUUUGAACUAUAUAGAAGGUCUACAAUUGGGAUGUGUUUGACUGAAACUCUUGAUGAGAUGGUUUCUAAUGGAACUCUUAGUCCUGAACUUGCUAUUCAAGUUCUUAUCCAAUUUGAUAAAUCUAUGACUGAAGCUUUGGAAACUCAGGUUAAGAGCAAAGUCACAAUCAAGGGACAUCUGCACACCUACAGGUUCUGCGACAAUGUAUGGACCUUUAUCUUGCAAGAUGCGUUGUUUAAGAACGAGGAGUGCCAAGAGAAUGUUGGCAAGGUUAAAAUUGUUGCAUGCGACUCCAAGUUGCUCACUCAAUGAGUUCAGAUAGACUUUUUUUAUCUCUCUGUGUUGUGUUUAAUGACACAUUACAUUGUGCUAAAAAAAAGGGUUUGCUGGAAUGCACAUUACCCUUCCACUUUUGUUAAUUUGUAGACAUGUCAAGAAGGGAGAGGUAGGUAGACAAAUGUAUGGGAGACACGUGCGUAGUCCAACAUGUAAAGCUUGCUACGCAGCCAGCAACUUUAUAGACUAUUUACUCCUAAAUCUAGGAUUAUUAUCAUCCGCGAAGGGUUAUCGAAAGAUGAAACCAUACCAUUCAAGUUCAACGUUAU